AAUAAUGAUUGAGUUGAGUUGAACGAGUUGAGGACAACAGUUGCGAUUAUCAUGGCGAUGAUGAUUGUGAUGUACCAUAUUUUGCCGAUACUAUUGGCGAUCUUGUGUGUUGAGUGUCAACAAGUGCAACCGUUGCUCCGGUACCCGAAACCGGUGUGUGGAACCCGGAAAAUAUCCACACGAGGACUGAUAGUCGGUGGAUCGGAAACCGUCCCGGGCGAGUGGCCGUGGCACGCGGCUGUAUAUCACGUUCAGGAUGAGGGUCGCGUCCGAAAAUACGUAUGUGGUGGGACCCUGAUCGGCGCCAAGUUUGUCCUCACCACGGCAUCCUGUGCGGGAAACAAACAUCGCCGUGGAAAGAGUGAUGCCUCGGUUGUUGAGCUUGGACAGUAUGAUUUGGCGGAGUCCUCGCGCCAAAAGGUGGAAGUGGCCGUUAAGCGGGCUAUCGUGCACGAGCAAUUCACGUUCGGGACUCCAAAAAAUGACGUUGCAGUGCUGGAACUAAGACAUGCGGUCAGCUUCACCGACUAUAUCCAGCCGGCUUGUUUGCCAAAGGAAUCAGAGGCCAUUAAAGAGUUCGAAAGCGAAACCGGGACCAUCGUCGGCUGGGGAAACAAGCUGGACGGAGUGCUAGCGGAUAGGCUACAAAGUGCCCAGGUUCCCAUCAUCUCGCUCAUUGAGUGCUUGCAGAGUGAUCCGGAUUUUUUCGGAAAAACGCUCAACACAGGGAUGUUCUGCGCCGGGCGGAAAAAUGGAACCGCCCCAUGCUUUGGUGAUGCUGGUGGUGGGAUGUUCUUCAAGGAAGAGCGCGGUUGGGUAUUGAGGGGAAUCACUUCGUUCACGAGCGCGGGCCCAAUCGGAGAGUGUAAUACCCAACAGUUCUUCGGACUGUCCAACGUGGUCUACUACCUGGAAUGGAUACAGAAUGCGAUUGGAAAAUCACAAGGUCACCUCCGUCGAAAGAACUCGACGUCUCGAUCGUGCGGAGUUCGAAGCACUGCAAUUCAGGGAUUGGGGAGGAAUGGUGAGUGGCCAUGGCAAGCGGCAGUUUAUCAUGUUCACCGAGGAAGCAACCCCGGACGAGAGUUCGCCUGUAGUGGAACAUUGAUUGGAUCACGCUACCUGGUGACCACGGUCUCUUGCGCUCGAUAUGAAGCGAAAAACGGUACGAACUUCCCGAUUGUGGUAGAAUUGGGUCAUGUGGAUCUAAAUGAUUCAGCUUCGCCCAGGGUCAGUGUUGGAGUCCGAAAAGUUUUCGUUCAUGAGCAGUAUGUGCGCGGUGAUACGAAGCACAAUCUAGCGUUGUUACAAUUACGAAAUCCAGUGGACUACACGGAUCAUAUUCUACCUGUUUGUCUUCCGGACAGUUCACUAAGCGAUAUGCAAUUCGGGAACCGUUCAGGAUCUCUUGUGGGAUGGAACACGGCGGAGAGACUACAGAGCGUGCAGCUGUCCAUCGUUAGGUGUUCGGGAAGUGAUGUGAGCUCAAAAGUGUUCUGCGCUAUGUCCGAAAAUGCAACUACCAACUGUGUUGGAGACGAGGGCAGUGGAUGGUUCCUCAACAAGAAUGAAGUAUGGACUCUAUAUGGGGUCGUCUCAGAACCCCGCAAAGGUUGCGACUACCAGCAGUAUCUUGAGUUGGCGAACGUGGCCACCUUCUCAGCGUGGAUUAAAAAUAAAAUCAACCAACAAGAUGAUUGAUCGUGUUUUGACGCGAGAUGCAACCAUCGAUGCAGCGAUUCCUCAGCACUCCGCUUCGCACUUCGAUGUAAUAACAAUAAGUUGGUAAUAUUUUUUUUCGAACUAAAAAACAGAAAUCAG